AUGGUCUCUUCGUCCAUCACUGCCGCUGACACCGCGUCGCAAAAGUCCACACCCGCUUCGUCUCCGCCCUCCAUCGAAAUGGAGGACGUGGAUCAUGGCGUCUCGAAGGAGAUGCUAGCAGAAGAGGAACAAAUGCGGUUGCGCCGCGAGAAAGAAGAUGCGAAGCGGGAAGCAAAGUUGGAGAAAGAAAGAAAAGAGGAUCUACAAGGUGGGAAAGAGGUUCUGGAUACCAAGUUCAAAGCGUUGGAACAUCUCAUGAACAAAAGCAAGCUUUUUGCUACAGUUAUGCUCGCUCAAAUGCAACGCCAAGAGGAAGAAGAGAAGGUCCGCGACGAGAAGACACAAGGUCAGGCACGAAAACGAGAAGAAAAAGCAGAAAAGGCUGCCGCCGAGUCUCAGCGUCGUGCGACACGAGCUGCAGCAAUUACAAAUGGGGACGAUACCACUGAAGCCCACGCUGAUCGGAAAUCGUUGCCCACGCGAGGGCGCGGACGGCCAAAUAAGGGCGCGAAAAUCUCGGAUUUCUUCAAGAAAGAGGAUAUCGAGCAAAAGACUAGCAACGCGAACGUUGUAGAUGCCCUGCAAGAAGCCACCGCUGAAGAAGACAUCCAUACAAGCGAACUUGGCGUCCAAAAUCUCAAAUCGGCACGUCAGCCGAGCUUGGUGACUGGAGGCACUAUGCGAUCGUAUCAGCUGGAAGGGCUUGAGUGGCUGAUAUCGUUAUACAACAAUGGAAUAAAUGGCAUCUUGGCGGACGAAAUGGGAUUGGGCAAGACGAUUCAAACCAUUGCAUUCCUUGCUCACUUGAGGGAGAAGAAGUCGUAUGGACCGUUUCUCAUUGCUGCUCCGCUAAGUACAACCAGCAAUUGGGUGGAAGAGUUCAGUAAAUGGACACCCUCUGUCCCAGUCGUGUUAUACCAUGGGACUAAACAAGAACGGCAAAAGAUUCGAACUCAAAAGUUCAAGCAUCCAGGGACUAGCGAGUUUCCUGUCGUGAUUACUAGCUAUGAGAUUUGCAUGAACGAUCGCAAGUUCUUAACUGGAUUUGGGUGGCAAUUCAUUAUCAUUGAUGAAGGUCAUCGAAUCAAGAAUCUUGAUUGUCGAUUGAUUCGGGAACUCCAGUCGUAUCAAUCUACCAACCGCCUUCUGAUCACAGGAACACCUCUCCAGAACAACCUCACCGAGCUUUGGUCACUUCUUCAUUUCUUGAUGCCAACCAUCUUCGAUAAACUAUCUUCAUUCGAAAGCUGGUUCGAUUUCUCCGCACUAAAGGACCGACAGGGAUACGAAAGCCUCUUCUCGGAAGAACGCCAAAAGUAUCUUGUUGCUUCACUACAUGCAGUCCUCAAACCUUUCUUGCUUCGAAGAGUGAAGAUGGACGUGGAGAACCUCAUGCCGAGAAAGCGCGAAUAUGUGUUAUUCGCACCCCUCACUCCUAUGCAGAGAGAACUCUACCAGGCCAUUCUCGAUGGAACAAGUCGCGAGUUCCUCGAAGACAAAGCUCUUGAACGUCUGAGUAUUGGAGGCAGUGGGACUAGUACCCCCCGCAGCGCGCGUAGCACCGGGAGUCUUAAGCGCAAGGCUCUUGAAAAUGGUGCCGAUACCCCCAAUAAGAGUGCCAAAAUCUCGCGGGAAUCAACUCCCGUGUCGACCAAAAGAGGCCGUGGACGACCCCGCCAGAGCUACGAGGAAGUCAGCGACCAGAAGUACUUUGCACAGCUCGAUGCCGAAGUCUCAUCUCCGGAGGAAGAAGAGCUUAACUCUGAAGCCGUCGAGGAGAAGGUCCGAGCUACAACCCUUGCUAUUGCGAAACGUCAAAUUGGCGCCAAAAAGCUGCAAAAUCCUAUCAUGCAACUCCGCUUAUGCUGCAACUCCCCUUAUAACUUCUUCAAUCCUUUUAUAUCAACGUCAUCUGAAGGCGGUGAAACCUUUGCGACAGAGACGGAGCCAGAUGAGACUCUCGUCACAUCGUCGGGAAAGAUGCUACUUUUGGACUCUCUGCUUUCCGAAUUACUGAAGCGUGGACACAAGGUACUCAUAUUCAGUCAAUUUACUACGCAACUUGACCUUCUCGAGUCCUACUGCAACUCCCUCCGAAAUUGGCGAGUCUGCCGCAUUGAUGGUAGCGUUCCGCAGUCGGUGCGCCAGGAGCAGAUCCGGGUCUUCAACAAACCUGCUGUCACAGACACCCGGAAACGGAACAAGGCUGCGGCAGAUGGCGAUGACGAGGAGCCGAGCAACAUCUUCCUCCUCAGCACCCGUGCUGGCGGUCAAGGAAUCAAUCUGGCUGCGGCAGAUACUGUCAUCUUAUUCGAUAGCGACUGGAACCCGCAGCAGGACUUGCAGGCCCAGGAUCGAGCGCAUAGGAUUGGCCAAACGCGCAACGUGAUCGUAUAUCGCUUUGCCACGAGAAAUACUGUUGAGGCAAAACUGCUGGAGAGCGCUGAGGGAAAGAGGAGACUGGAGAAGUUGGUCAUCCGCAAGGGAGGGGUGAGAAAUGGGAAGGGGUCGAGCAAAAAGGGAGAUGCAGAAGUAGGGUCUAGGGAGGAGUUAGAAGACCUUCAAAAGUUGCUGCGGCGGGCCGACGGCGAGAGGUUCGAUGUUGAUGACGGGGUUAACGGCGGAUUACUACCAGGAAAGGAGUUGGAAAUUCUACUGGACAGGAGCGAGGAGGCGUAUGAUAGGGCCGAGAAAGGAUUGGAUAUCGGCGGAGAGGGAUCAGUGUUCAAGGCCGUGGAGAAGAAAGGCGAGGGAGCACUAUUGGAUGGCUUGAAGGCUUGA